CUAAAUUUUUCCAUAACCUUAUGGAGAGAAAGGACUUUGAGACAUGGCUUGAUAACAUUUCUGUUACAUUUCUUUCUCUGAGGGACUUGCAGAAAAAUGAAACUCUGGAUCACCUGAUUAGUCUGAGCGGGGCAGUCCAGCUCAGGCAUCUCUCCAAUCACCUGGAGACUCUCCUCAAGCAGGACUUCCUCAAACUCCUUCCCCUGGAGCUCAGUUUUUAUUUGUUAAAAUGGCUCGAUCCUCAGACUUUACUCACAUGCUGCCUCGUCUCUAAACAGUGGAAUAAGGUGAUAAGUGCCUGUACAGAGGUGUGGCAGACUGCAUGUAAAAAUUUGGGCUGGCAGAUAGAUGAUUCUGAGGACGCUUUGCACUGGAAGAAGGUUUAUUUGAAGGCUAUUUUGAGAAUGAAGCAACUGGAGGACCAUGAAGCCUUUGAGACCUCAUCAUUAAUUGGACACAGUGCCAGAGUGUAUGCACUUUACUACAAAGAUGGACUUCUCUGUACAGGGUCAGAUGACUUGUCUGCAAAACUGUGGGAUGUGAGCACAGGACAGUGUGUUUAUGGCAUCCAGACCCACACUUGUGCAGCAGUGAAAUUUGAUGAGCAGAAGCUUGUGACAGGCUCCUUUGACAACACUGUGGCCUGCUGGGAAUGGAGUUCCGGAGCCAGGACCCAGCACUUCCGGGGGCACACAGGGGCGGUGUUUAGCGCCGACUACAAUGAUGAACUGGAUAUCUUGGUGAGUGGCUCUGCAGACUUCACUGUGAAAGUAUGGGCUUUAUCUUCUGGGACAUGCCUGAACACACUCACCGGGCACAUGGAAUGGGUCACCAAGAUGGUUUUGCAGAAGUGUAAAGUCAAGUCUCUUUUGCACAGUCCUGGAGACUACAUACUCUUAAGUGCGGACAAAUAUGAGAUCAAGAUUUGGCCAAUUGGGAGAGAAGUUAACUGCAAGUGCUUGAAGACAUUGUCUGUCUCUGAGGAUAGGAGUAUCUGCCAGCAGCCAAGGCUUCAUUUUGAUGGCAAAUACAUUGUCUGUAGUUCAGCGCUGGGUCUCUACCAGUGGGACUUUGCCAGUUACGAUAUUCUCAGCUCAGAUGCCGCACCCGCUGUGGGCCAGGGAGCUCACCGGGGCACCGGCAGCCUGCCAGUGCGCCUCUCCGCAGUGCCACAGACCUGCGGGCCAGGCUCCCCGCGCAGCCACAUGCAGCAGGGAAGGAGGGCCCUGGUGUCGGGUCUCUGGAAACACCCUACUAGGCCAGAGAAGGAGCUGCUCCAGCCCAGGUGCCACACAGCAAACAGAGACCGGGAUAACUUCUGUGUCCCUGUAAAUGUUCUGCUUGACCAGAAACUCAGUCCAGAAGUGCCCCCUUAG